AUGGAUAACGGUACAGUUGAGCAUAAUGUGAGUAGCGGUGAUUCGGCCGUGGUCAGAGAACUGUCGGUAUUCGCGAUGGUAACGGUGACGCUGCAGGCAUUGCUCAUGGUCCUCAUCGUCCUGGGAAACUCGCUCGUGCUCGCCGCAAUCUGCCGCUUCCAAGUGCUCCAGGACGUCACUGGCGUGUUCGUAGCAAACCUGGCCGUGUCCGACCUCAUCAUAGGCGUCACACAGCCGUUCCAAACAGUAUUUUUCUUCCUACCGGAUCUUGAAAUGAACAAGACCGCAUGUAUUAUGCGGUAUCUCGUUAUAACAUUUGCAUGUAACGCAUCCAUUUAUUCUCUAGUUUGCACUGUCAUUGACAGAUACAUCGCAAUUAAGUAUCCAUUUACGUAUCAUGAACUGAUGACCAAGACGACGGCUUACUGUAUGGUGGUUGCGAUAUGGACGGUGGACUUCAUGUUCCAGUGCAUUCCGCUGUUCGGCGUCAAUAACUACGACCAGGCGCCUUUCUGCCUAUACGAGCUUGUCAUGAACAAAUGGUACCGCCUCUUCAACUUCACAAGCGGCCUCUUUUUUGCCUUCUGCAUGUUUUUAAUUUACGUCCACGUUUACCUAAUAGUGCGAAAGCACGUGACUCAAAUAGAGUCGGAGGUGACAGCGGAGGCUCGCGCGCUCCUAAAGCGGACGAAGCAAAUGAACAGUGCGGUUGCCGUGGUUGUCCUCUUCUUCCACAUUUCGUGGCUCCCGUUCUUUUUCAUCCAGAUGACGAUGCUAGACGCUGCCGACGUCACCAGGGACAAGGUCAUGGUCGCCAACUUCCUCGUCUUUCUUGGCAUUAUCAACUCUGUGGUGAAUCCCAUUGUGUACGCGUGGAAAAACAAGCGAUACAGGCGCGCAUUUAAAAAGCUUCUUUGCAUCAAGGCAAAUCCCGAUGAGACAACUAUUUCAACAGUUGCUUAA